GCUACCGGCGCAGCGGCUUUGCUCAGACCCGCUCCGGGUCGGAGAGUGCUGGGGGCUCUGGCCAGCAUGAGCCGCCUAAGUUCCUCGGGAUCCAAGCACCUGGAACGGACAAGUGACGCCGCGUUGAGUGUCGCGUCGCCGGCGCUGGAGGAAACCACGACCUACAAUCAUCUUUUGGAAGUCCCGGUCACUCAGGAGCAGUUAAACCACUAUCGGAAUGUGGCUGAAGAUGCUCGAAGUGAACUUGCAGCGACUCUGGUCAAACUUGAAAGUGCUCAGUCCGAGCUUCGAGACCUCAGAUCCAAGAUGCUUUCUAAAGAAGUCUCCUGCCAAGAGUUGAAAGCUGAAAUAGAGAGCUACAAAGAAAACAAUGCCAGGAAAUCUUCUCUCCUUACCUCUUUGAGGAGCAGAGUUCAGGAGCUGGAAGAAGAAUCGGCAACACUUUCCACUUCUAAAAUCAGAACAGAAAUUGCAGCUCACACUGCAAAGAAGGAGAAUCAGGAAUUACAGAAGAAAGUUGUAGAACUAGAGGAGAAAUUACAAAAGUGUUUGAAUGAAAAUGAGGAGAGUAAGAAGCAAGUCUCAAAAAAUUGCAGGAGACAUGAGGAAUUUCUAACUCAGCUUCUGGACUGCUUGGAUCCAGAUAAGAAGAAUGAAAAGGCAUCAGAUGAAGAUUUCAUUUUAAAGCUUAGAGAGCUGUGCAAGGAAAAUGCGUUCAUGAAAGGACAGAUUGUUGUUCUUGAAGAGACUAUAAAUGUCCAUGAGAUGGAGGCAAAAGCCAGCAGAGAAACGAUCAGGAGGCUGGCUUCGGAAGUCGACAGAGAGCAGAAGAAAGCGGCCUCCUGCUCUGAAGAGAGAGACAGGCUGAACCAGGACUUGCUCAGUACUGUUGAAGCAAAAGAAGCUCUUGAAAGGGAAGCGAAGAUCUUCCAAGAAAGGCUGCUUGCUGGCCAGCGGGUCUGGGAUACCUCGAAGCAGGAGCUGAACCUCCUGAAGGAACGCGCUCAGGAGCUGCAGAAGAGUUUGAACGCCAGUCUGGAUGCCACCACGACCUUACAAAGCCAGUAUUCUUCCUUCAGGGAGAGAAUCGCUGCCCUUCUUUGGGGCAAGCCAGGCAUGACUGAUUCCACAGAGGAUGCCAUUUUGGAGAGAAUUCGAGAAAUGGGCAGCCAGGAAGAAAAGAGAAAAAAGAUGGUCUCCCAGCUUGAAGCCCAAAUAGCCGAGCUUGUUGAACAGUUGGGGAAUGAGUCUGGGUUUCACCAGAAAGCUCUACAGAGGGCCCAGAAAGCAGAAAACAAGUUGGAGACUCUUCAGGGGCAGCUGACACACCUGGAGGGAGAGCUGGUUUCUGGAGAUGUUUUGCGAGACAACUUGAAUUUUGAGAAGCAAAAAUAUCUUAAAUUUCUGGAUCAGCUCUCAGAGAAAAUGAAAUUGGACCAAAUGACUGUUGAACUUGGCUUUGACAUGCGUCUGGAUGCUGUUUUAGCUCGCACAGAGCAGCUGGUCCGCCUUGAGAGCAGCGCCGUCAUCGAAAACAAGACUAUUGCCCACAAUUUACAGAGAAAGCUAAAGACUCACAGGGAAAGGCUGGAGAGCAAAGAACUGCACAUGAACCUGCUCCGGCAGAAAAUCGCCCAGAUGGAGGAGGAGAGGCAGGUGCGCACGGCCUUGGCUGUGGAGAGGGAUGAGGCCCACCUUACCAUCAGGAAGCUGGAGAAGAAGGUGGAGAGGCUGCAGAAGGAGCUGAACGUGUGCCGAGAGUCCAACACGGAGCUCAAAGCCAAACUGGCUGACACCAAUGAGCUUAAGAUUAAAACUUUGGAACAGACUAAAGUUAUCGAAGACCUAAAUAAAUCGAGAGACAAGCUGGAGAAGAUGAAGGAGAAAACUGAGAGAAAGCUAGUAUCUGUCAAGUCAGAGCUGGACACUACAGAGCACGAGGCUAAAGAACAUAAAGAAAGGGCCAGAAACAUGAUAGAAGUGGUAACCAGUGAAAUGAAGACACUCAGAAAGUCGCUGGAAGAAGCAGAGAAGAGAGAAAAGCAGCUGGUGGACUUCAGGGAGGUGGUUUCUCAGAUGUUGGGCUUGAACAUGACCAGCCUGGCUCUUCCUGACUAUGAAAUAAUCAAAUGUCUUGAGAGACUGGUCCAUUCACAUCAGCAUCACUUUGUCACUUGUGCCUGCCUCAAACAUGUGACUACUGGGAAAGAUAGAUACCCACAAGGGCACGUGAACCUUCUCCAUUAAAUACCAUAUCGCUUGAGGGAGGUGGAACUAAGAGAUGGGACACACACAAUUCUCAAUAUUACAAAUUCCCCACAUCUUUGAAAUGCAUUUAAUGUAAGGAAAUUUUAUAUUAUGAUAAGUUAGCAAGAAUGUUUCAAUGGAGAGAAAGAAAGGAUUUCAUAGGAAUGGCCUUUAGAUAAAGAUUUAGCACUAGUAACACCUAUUAUGGGGUCCAGCAGGUGGUGUGGUAGUUGAGAUGCU